AUGAGCUUCAGCACUGAAGAGCGAGGUCGGCCCCAUACGAAUGACUACAGGCUAUUUUUUAAAAACGCAGAUGGACAAUACAUAUCCCCCUUCCACGACAUACCCGCCUAUGCAGAUGAAGCACAGAACAUUUUUCACGCCAUCGUGGAGGUUCCAAGAUGGACCAAUGCAAAAAUGGAGAUAGCCACCAAAGAUGCUCUCAAUCCACUUAAACAGGAUGUAAAAAACGGAAAACUUCGCUAUGUGGCUAAUGUGUUUCCACAUAAAGGUUAUAUCUGGAACUAUGGCGCCAUCCCACAGACAUGGGAAGACCCUCACCACCAGGACCCUGACACGGGUUGCUGCGGGGACAACGACCCUAUUGACAUAUGUGACAUUGGAGACAAGGUAUGCUCUCCGGGGGAAGUUAUCAAAGUGAAGGUUCUGGGCACGUUGGCGCUCAUCGACGAGGGCGAAACCGACUGGAAAGUCAUUGUGAUCAACACGGACGACCCCGACGCCGGCAACUUUAAUGACAUUGAGGAUGUCAGACAACUAAAACCAGGCUACCUGGAGGCCACACUUGAUUGGUUCAAGCGGUACAAAGUCCCCGACGGCAAAGCGGAAAACCAGUUUGCGUUCGACGGAUGCUUCAAGGAUAGGGACUUUGCCAUUGAGACGGUGAAGAGUACUCACGAGUUCUGGAAAGCGCUUAUUUCUCAGAAGACCGACGCUGGCGAGUUAAACUGCAUGAACACAAGUAUAUCUGAGAGUCCAUUUUGUUGUUCUUCCGAAGAUGCCGCCGCCGUGGUUGAUUCGGCUUGUGCUUUUGGAAGUGCAGAGCCCAUUCCUGCUUCAGUGGACAAAUGGUUCUACUGUGAUAAGUGA